UCGGCGUAGCGGUGGUUGAGGGAGUUGGCACUUGGCAAAUACCCUUCGGAGGCAUCAAGGAUACAACCGAGGUUCUGCUAUAUUCAGAGGUGGCGCUUGGCGGGUUGCAGGCAAGACGGUGUCUUAAGCUGCGCGAUUCCGGGCUGACAGCCGGCCUCUAUAUUCGGAAAGAACGUCAUCUAUCGUGCGCGGAGAACGCACACUGGCAGGAACGAAGAUAACGAGAGCCAGAGCGAGCGAAUCGGGUGGAGUGGGGAACAGCGCGCGGAGAAAGAGAGGGAAAAGGUUGUUGUCCAAAGAUUCCACAUGUUUGCCCUGCAAUCGGCGCCCACAAGCUGCCCGCUCCGGCCGCUGAUAGCCAAUUUUUGGGAUGCGUGCCCUUUUCUGGGCGAGCGGGGUGGUGCCGAGGGAAUCCGCGGUGGCAUCGGGGACGGACGUCACGGCAGCAGCAUCGGUGGCAGCACGCGGCUCCUGCGGUGCUUCUUGUCGUUACCGUCGUCGUCGUUGUCCCCACCGUCCGCCGCAGUCGACGAUAGUCGAAAUAGCCGUCGGCGUCGUAGCCGAAGUGCGGAGGAACGACACCCUGUCCACGGCGCCCAAGCGUGCCAGCAGGUGAGCAGUAGCAGUCCUACGACGGCGUCCGCCACAGCCCCCGCGCCGGAGACUCUUCCGGGGUGGAUCGGGCGCCUCGGACUUGAUGAAGAAGAGGAGGAGGAUCUGGUUGCCGCGUUUGCGGCUCUCCCGGAGCCACCGCCACCCUCGGCUGCUGACGCAAAGCUGGUGCAGGCGACCAGGGAAUUGGUUGUGUCGAUGAAGAGGCCGAUGCCGGAACAGGUGAGACGGGGAAAGCCGAAGAGACGCGGAAGGCCGAGAAAGAACCCAUCGUUAGUUGAGGUCAAGGAGUCUUCGGAAUCGCAACAUAGGCGGGAUGAGAAGGAGAUGAUGCGGAUAAAAGCGGAAAACCUGGCUGAUGCGAGCAAAUCAGCGGAGGCGACAGAGCUCUUGAACUUUCCUGUGGAAGCGGCCGCAAAGUCGACGACGGAGGCAAGGGGCCGGUGGAUCCAGGAGCGGCUGCUCCUCAAUGACGCGACUUUGGCGAAGAUGAUGGAGUUCUACCCACAGGACCGUAUGUUCCAGAGACGUAACUCAUUCCUGACAACCCGGCCCACCUGCCGCCCCCCCCUCUCUCCCAAUCGAAAAACGGAUUCUUACACAAAGUGUGUAAGUAACCGGAUCGUGGAAAACCUCGAGCCGAAGCUGGAAUGGCUGCAGAAGGAAUUGGGUUUGGAUGACCAGGCCAUGGGCAAGAUGAUAUCGACAGCUCCGGUGAUCCUUGGGCUAAGCGUCGAGGCGAACCUCAAGCCCAAGCUGAAAUGGAUGAAGGACACCCUUGGCCUGGACAAGAAGGCCUCGACGAAACUCGUGAUGGCUGUGUCCUCUGUUCUGGUACUCCUGCAGGACACCCUGGACAAGAAGCUCGCGUUCUUGCGCGGCGAGGAACUCAACCUGUCCGAUGUGAGUGCCUUUACGGCGGGAUGGGGAAGAGACGGGUUCAGGGAAAUCAUUCAUACCUGCAGAAACACUCGCCCCCGGUACAUCGAUAUUGUUUCUGUUCAGCGUAUUUUCACUUGUUGCCGCUCGUCUGAGACAAACCGGUGUAGCACUGCCGAACGGCAACAUUUGGAAGGGUUUGUUAUAGGCGGGACCUUGGCGUUUUUUACGUCUAACCAGGUAUGUCGUUUUGCCAUGAACCAGGUUGAGGUGAAGCGCAUCGUUAGGAACUCGCCGUCCUUCUUCACCUUCAGUGUGGAGGAAAACAUGAGGCCAAAGCUGGCCUGGCUACGAGAACGGAUGGGAUUGGACGUGAUCGGGAUCCGGAAGUUGGUUGGUCGGAGCCCUCGCGUCUUGGCGCUCAAGGUGGAGACCAUUGAAGGGAAGCUUAUGUGGCUGGAGGGCCGACUAGGCACGGACAGGGAAAGGGUAAAAAGAGUCGUGAUGACCUUCCCUCCAAUCCUGAGCAUGGCCCUGGACACCAUGGACUGGAAGAUUGUAUGGCUGCAGAAGCGGCUCAGCCUGACCCAAGAACAGCUGAUUACGGUGAUUGUGAAGUACCCAAACCUCCUGGCGUACAGCGUCGAGGACAACAUUGAGCCGACCCUCAAGUGGCUGGAAGAGGAUUUAGGCCUGGACGCGUCCGUCGCGGGGAUGUUGGUGGUGCGGCAACCGCGGCUCCUUAGCGCAAACCUCGAGCACAACUUGAAGAACAAGGUGGGUUGUUUGGUGGUGUUAGGUGCUGUGUCACCGGAGAUGAUCCUGCGUUAUGUGAGUUGUUCGGCCCCUGUUGCAAACAUACCAAGCACACGAACCCGAUUUUGGCGCCUGGUGCCGUGGAUGGUAGAAACCCUGAACCUACCCAGAGACGUCAUUCUGAGAGUCAUCACCAGCUCCCCGGAUCUCCUGAACCUAAGCACCGAAAAAAAUCUGGGGCCCACGAUACAAUUUUUUUACGACGAGAUGGGUGCCUCAAAGGAAGAGGUCUCGGAGGUGGU